UAAAAAUGUAUCUUCAUAAUCUUGUUUGUAAUCAAACAAAAAGUAGACGGGGGAAAAAAGCGUUUAUGUGUGUAAUUAGCUUUCUGUACACAUCAUAAUUAUGCCUAUGAACCUAUUCUAACUGAGUGGAGACCUCUCAUCAGUAGUGAUUAUCGCUAAUCUGUCAAACGUAGGCAGAAAAUAUUUUGCAUCCGUCGGCGCAUGACCGAGCCCCGACCGGGCGAUGGUACGACGAGCGCCUCAGUUGCUCCCCCGCCAUCAACCUUGAUGCGCGUACUUACUAAUAAUUACUCUCUUAAUCACUGACUUCACAUUGAUGACUGAAAAUACGCCCAGAAUAAAUACGUAAACAUCUAAAUCUAUUUCCUUGCUUACCAAUCAACAAUGGCGUAGCAACUGAAAAUUUUUACGAUAUCAAAUUUUUUGAAUUAUUUAUUGUAUUUCCAAAAAGUGACGUUAAUUUGGAUAAAUUCAGUGAUUUCAUAAAAGUGUAUAGAACAUUUAACAAUGAUACAAGACAGUGAGGCGGCCGCGUUGGCGGAGCGGAUAGAGGCGUUCAAAAGCGAUCCAGAGAAAUUGCAACAAGCGACGGAAUUCGUGGAGCUGCUUAUAAAACAAGCAGAGAAGGAAGCUGGACUUAAACAAAAAGAGAAAGACAGAAACAAAUUUGAAGGGCAUGAUUCAGGAGUAGGUAACAUAAGGCGACGACUGGGACGCGCGCGCGUAUUCGUGGUGCGCGUGUUUGAUGCGCUCUGCCAUUGCACACAGACCGCCGCGGCUGCCGCGCGCACCACCGCUAGGAAUAAUCCUUUUAACAAACGCUAAGCUGAUUCCACCACGCGUCAAACUUCGGUUCUAUGUCUACCCUCUCCUACGACUUCCCCACUUCAAGUCUGAUCUCUUUUAAACGUAACAAACUAUGCUAUCUUUUUAUAUGUGUUAGUAUUGUUGAUACUACAUUGUAUAAUACGUAGUAAUUUCGACAUAUAUUAGUUUCGUUUGCGAUGUAUUUUUAAGUUUUCAUCAUAAUACAAUAGGCCCCUUUAUACAAUUGUCGCUGAAUUUUUAUCAAGGUUGUGAACCAGAAGAAAGUUCAUUAUAAAAAUCUGUCACCGAAAGUUAUUUUCUAAUAUUUUUUGUGUGAGGGCCUUUUGUAUUGUGAUAAUUGUUUUUAAUAAUUACUGUUCUGGAAGAAAUCAAACGUAUUUAAAGGUCAGGGAAAAUGAAAUCAUUUAAACAGAUUGGUGAAUGUAGUUUCGAGCUUAGAGUGUUUUUAGUACGGAAACAGGAAAAAGGAAUUGGGAACAAAACUUUAACUGUAUGAAAAGCAUCAGUCGUUUACUAUCAAACCAAAUGUAUUUUCAACCAAUCUACCGUAGAUAAAACCUCGCCAUAAAUUUACAUUUGAACUAUGAAGUAACACAAAAAGGUAAACUCCAGACUUUAUUCAUUUCUACGAAAUCCUAAAGUUAAAUCUAUUGCGACAAUAUCUAUAAAAAUUACGCUGUUUAUAUUAUCGCGAACAAAUGCAGAAUAUUAGUACCAAUCACGCAUGGCUUACUUUAUUAAUGUCCCUUUGAAUAGACCAAAUCGACAACUGCUGGUGGUGCGGAUAACGCAUGCGCUAGACUCGGGCUUGAUUGACCGACCUACCCCGCCUCGUCAGCCGGCUCGCCCGGUCAUAACGUAGACAAUUUAUCAACAGCUAAAAUUUCUUGAACAAAUCACUUUAUAGCGUAGAUUUUAUGUUUCUUAGAUUAUCGGAAUAUAUAAUUUAUAUAUACCUUAUUUUAUUAUUUAGAUUAAUUGUCUAAUCGUAUUUUCAUGUUUCGAUUUACAAUACAUGUACAUACAUAAUAAUGCUCUUCCAAAUCAUUCUAUUUUAAAAUCUGUCGU